UUGCAUGCACGUUGCCUCUGAAGCCGGUGAUUAUGCCUUUAAGAAGCAACCAGCUCGUGCAUCACUGUUCGCCAACACCAAUGGAAAUAACAACGAGGAUAGUGAGACGACAGCAGCUUUACUGCAAUUAGAAGAUUCCCUACAAGUUUGUGGUCUAUAUAUAGUGGGUGAACCCGAUACCAUUGUGGAAAUAACGAUGAAACACUAUGAUGUUAAUUGUGAAAGUGGUGGUUUAAUGGCGUUUGUGGAUGGUUGGGAAUUAAAUGGUGAAUAUUUUCCCAGCAUAAAGGAUCAUCAUCGUCCAUUAGAAGAAAGAGUACAGGAGUUUUGCAAUAAUUACAAACAUUGGCCACGUUUAACUAACAAAAAGUUCUUCCGGUCUAGUCAAAAUGCUGCUCUUUUGCAAUACCGUAUACCCCUCAAAGGCAGCUUUAUAGCCAAUGUGCGUUUCCAUAAAAUUACCCAACCUUGCAAUAUUUUGGUUCAAGACAUUGAUGCCUUAUACCACAUGGCCAACUAUGGUCAUAAUCGUAAUUGUUCAAUUUCUGCUUUAUUUCCGGCUGCUGUGUCUGUGGCAAAUUUAAAGAUUGGUGGCAAGGCAGUGCGACAGGAUAAACCAAAUUAUGAUUGUGGUCUAUUUGCUGAUCGUUUGGAAAUCGGUGGUUCUUCUGGUUUGGAUUCAACAGCUAUGGAAAAGUCCAGUGAUAUAUGCGGUUUCUCCAAUGAACCUGGACCCGAACAAGCUAUAUUCUGUGGCGUUACCACCAUACGCUUACUCUCCACUGGACGUUUUCAAAAUCAAGCUUCCAUUAUGAUACGUAAAGCCGAAGAGCAUGAUUUGGAUAUUGCAACAUUAAUUUGUGCUCUAUAAAUUAAAAACUCAAAACAAACAUAGUAUACAGCAAAAACUGUAUUCAUAGUCCAAAGAACUUAAUUCAAAAUGUUCCGAACCAAAAAUAAAACUAUAAAAAAUUAU